AGAUAAACAACCAGAGGGUUGUCCCUCGUAAGGUAUGUUAACAGUGUCUCCAGUCGGAGAGGAUUCUAUUACUCUCGAGUUUCAAGUUCUUAUACAUAACAACGUCGUUUUUAACUAGUUCACACAUAUAAUCAUAAACAUGCAUCGCGCUAAUGCAGUUUACAUCUGCAUCUUAUUUGAUCUUACAUGGCAGAUUCUGAUGAAGAAUCCGAUCGCCGUCGUAGCCGUGACAAAUUUCGUCGUGAACGUAGUGAUCACGAUGGACGUCGUCGUCCUGGUGACAAACGAGAGCCAUUCGAUGACCGAUCAGGUACUGUAGGUGUUGCACCAACUCGUGAAGAUCAUCGUUUGUCAGGUGAAGGUCGGAAUGACCGUGGACGAUCACCUGCAGAACCUCCUUAUAAAAGGCCUCGUAAAGAUAACAGCGAUGAUUUUAAACCAAGUUCGUACCAGCGAAAGGAUACCAAAGGUUCAAGUGCCUCAGAAUACGACGGUAUGUACAGGCCUCCAGUAAUACCGUUUAAGCGGUUUCUUGAUCCUUUGGAUGACUUGAUAACUGAAGAAGAGGCAUGCAGUAAGUACAAAGAGUACAAGGAAGGAUAUAUGAAGCGUCAUACCGAGGAAUUCUUCGAAGCACAUAAAAAUGAGGAAUGGCUUCGUCUCCGUUAUCAUCCCGAUCACAUGAAUGAAAGAAAAGCCGCUCUUAGCGCAGCAGUCAAGCAUCGUUUAAAUGUUUUCAUGGAGCUUUUACAUAAAGGCUUUCUCGAAAAUCAGUCUGUUCAGAUGGACAAUAGUGAGAAUCUCAUAAAACUCAUGGAUGCUGUUGUUAUCAAACUUGAAGGUGGUUCUGAUGAAGACCUAAAGGUACUUGAAGAAUCUGAUCGUAAUAGAUAUUCAGACGAAGAAUUAGUGCAUCAGUCUCAGUCCUCUGGACCUAUUUGUUGUGAAAAUAAAAGUGAAGGAGAGGCUGAAUCCGAUGUCGACUUCGAACAUGAGAAGCUCAACACAGAACUUACUAGAAACGUAAUGCCGGAACCUCUUCAAACUCAAGGUUCUACUGUAGAGUGUCGAACAACUAACCGGCGUGCACGAACCGAGUCAAACAAGUCUGGUAGCUCAGCUCCUUCACAAAGUAGCCAGAGCAGCGAUAGUGACAGUGGUUCUUCAAGCGAUGACGAAGUUGAUGAAGGCACCAAAUCUAAAGCUGAAGUUGAGCAGAAAAGUAAUGAACUUGGUAAUACUCAUGAUGUUGCAAGGUCUGAAGUUGACGAAGACGACGACGACGUACCCACUCCUACAACUGCUGAGUCUCCAAGAGGAUGUAAAAAUGAAGACUCUUCUGUUUCUAUGAUCAUCGGCUCAAUAAAUGAUACAUCUGUCAAACAUCCUAUUUUUGGAGAUCCUUCCGACGCUCCUCAGCCCAAGUGUGCAAAUCCACCAAGAUUGUUGCAUAAAACUGCCUCUAUAUUCUUCCGAGCGUUACCUCCAACUAUAAAGGAAAGCGAACUCAAAGAGCUUUGCGCUUCUCAACCUGGAUUCAUAAGAUUGGCUCUUUGGGAACCUGUUCCUGAACGUCGAUUUAUGCGACAUGCAUGGGCUACAUAUGAUCCUUCUGUUAACAUUAAAAAGAUAUGUUGGGCGUUAAAUACCAGUAGUUUAUUACGCGAAAAGCUUGAACUUCCAAACGGAGAACUAGGUGCUACAGUUAAUCGUGAUUUAGCUCAGAGAGUUCGCCCUCUUACUCCUCUCACACGUCAUAAACCAGUUAUGCGACAAGAUUUAAUCUUGGCCGCGCAACUUGUUGCACGUCUAGAUGCUAAACAUAAUCUAUGGAGUCAUUUAGAAAUUCCUGAUAGUACAAAUGAUUUGAAUACACUUAGUAAGCUCAAAAUCAAUGGUGAUUCAGAAUUCAAGAAUAUUUUUGAUUCUACAGCUCUGGAAAUGGCCAUUAAAAGCAAAAAUCUAUUACUUAAAAAUUUAACAGAUUAUCUUGUCGAUGAAGGUGGAAGUGAAGAAGAAGCACUUAUAGCGGAAACUCAAGCAGAGGCUGAAGGAUGUGACAAUAAUAAUAAUAAUAAUAAUGUAGUUGGACGUGUCCACACUGUAACAUUGGAAUCUGAUCCUAAUUUGGCUCGUACUUUAGAUCUGUUAAUACUCUAUUUACGUAUUGUCCAUUCUAUGGAUUAUUAUGCAGGAGCUAUCUAUCCUAUGGAAGAUCUCAUGCCUCAUCGAUGUGGAAUUCUUCAUGCGAGAGGUGACAGAGGAAUAAAUCCUGUUCCUGGUGCUCGUUCUAGUGGUUUAGCUUUCACUCAAAGAGAAAUUAAUGAUCACCUUCAGAAUUUCGCUUUAAAAUUGCGUACUCUUAUCGAGGUACCAAAAGAUUUGACUGAAGAGGAAAUGAAAAAGUUAGGUAUGCGAGAUCCUGAAAAAGCUGCAGAAGAAUUUGUCGAAGCCAAUAUUCAAAAGAGAACUGGCAAGAAAAAGCCGUAAGUGUAGUUCUUUUUUCGAAAGUUAACAGAAAGUUAUGUUUUGAAUGUUUAUUGAUAAAGACUAAUUGAAGUUUUGGACUACUGUUAAAAAUCAUCAAUAUCACCCAGCUUAAAGGAGGGUUCAUGGUUAACGUUUACUGACUGAAAGACUUGAUUGUGCAGUAGUUCACAUUUCUGUGUUUCACAAUCAAGUUGUGACGGGAGAUGAAACUGCUUAUCUGUCCUACACUACAUUGGGUAGUAGAGAUGCGAUCAGUAAACUACUAAAUAUCGCAACUAGAUGUUGGACUAAAGACUAAACAGGCAUCAGAUGAUUACUGUAUGAGUCAUUAUACUAGUUCACGUGAACCCGAACACCAAUAAUUGGGAACCAGAUAUAAGUCAAAGCAAUAGUAGUAUCUUGACACAGUGUCGGUGGUCAACAGAAUUAAAUCACAAUAAAAUCAGUUGUAGAUAGAAAAUAGUCUCUUAUAUUUACUAUAGUUAGGUAUGUUUAUCAUCGUUAAUCACUUAAUCAUGGCUUACUUUAACCACCACUUACAUAUCAGAAUCAAAAAUUAGGAUUUAAUCACCACUAAUAAAUAUAAAAUUUAAUUUGUGUAACUACUCAGCAAUCUGUUAUAGUCUAUCUUAUUACGACCCAGCUACUCUUAUUGCUUAGCAUUUUUGGACACCACUACGCUCGACAAGUCCCCAUAUCAGAGCACUGUUGAACAGGAAUGUAAUUAUAUUCCAAUAGCAAGGGUGGAUGGAGCUAGAAAUCACAAUAAGAAAAACAUCAGUUUAUUUAUAAUUUUCACAUAAAAGGAUUCUAAAGUCUUCUCCAAGUUUCCGCUAGCUCUGGUUGGUUAAGAAAUAGCCAAUUAGCCUAUCUCAACGUAAUCUUGCACGGAAAAUGCUUUAAUCCAAUCUAUGUCCUCCAAUUGACCUAGUACGGCCAAGAGUGGGGAGAGUCCGAUCUCCCACUCCAAAUGCUCUCACAAGGCCAUGCGUAUAUAGCCUCUGUCAGGGAAGUUCUACUCACUGCCUUCUUGUGGCAAUACUGUUGUUUACGAAAUCGAGAGGACGAAAAGCGAAUGUACGGUGCCUUAACCGGGUUGGUAGACAUGGAAGGUUCACCUAGGGGAGUUGGAAAACCCUGAUUCUAAACCAAUGAUGCACAUGGGCUUCAGUAUCCUGAGGGAACAAAUGGUGUAUGAAUCAAUUGUUGGUCACCGGCUACCAUGGGACUGCAUCUCCUCACGAUGUUUCAAUGCCUUGUGGAUCAGACCUUUAGGUCAAAGACUCCGAGUGUGGCUCCCUAAGAAAACCACCUGCUUCAGUUUGAGCACCUGAGCAGUAUCAUAGCCCUCACACAAAUCGAAUGUGAUUUGUGCGGUGCAUGUAUAUCUGGUGCUCCUUUGUACCAAUAUUUAUGUGUUUAAAUAAAUAAAUCUGUGUCCCGCUAACAUAACCUGUUAGUGUAAGUAAUAAUCAUGUACGUACAAUAGUUUCAUCAAAGGACUAGUUGUAGCAUCAGUAGUAGUGUAGUGAACAGAACACGACUGGGGACAAUCGAAUGUAUUUAAGCAAAAAUUACAGACUAUCUCAGUAAAUUCUGAAAACCAUACAAUGAACAGUCAAUUUGCAAAUUAACAACCAGUUGUUUCAAUCUUCACUGUUUCUUCUCUUACUCCAUUGCUCAUGCAUUUUCCAAACGAUUGCGCUUCAUUUCAGCUCUUUGCUCAUCGGUCUUCUACCCAAAUACAUUCUAUAUCUGACCCACACCAUACACUACUUAUAUGGAUAUAAGUAGACCACACCACAGUAGUAGUAGUAUACGCUUAAUUGUUCGAUUUCAACAUAUGGAAUUAAGCUAAGUUUGUUUAGGUUGCUGCGUUCCAACGUUAUAAUAAUCUAGAUGGAGAAUACUAAACAAUAAUCUGUUAAUGUUAUGUUUAUGAACGUUUGUGAUUAACAAGUGCCCUAAGCUGGGGUUUUGUAUUUUAAAGUUGCUGACUCCAUUGACUUUCUUAAGGUACAUGGUUUUAUAAAAAAAAACUUGUAUGAGACAGUCUGGCUACCUCAAUCAUCAAGAAUUAAUCCUUCCAUGUAUAUUUUCUUUAUCAGUUUGUCGUCCUAAGUAUGCAUGUUUUACAGGAUGUACUUUUUUGUUCAGUUUAGUAAAUAAUGAAAUUACUUUAUCCACACAUGUGACGAAACUCUUUAUUUUUAGAUUCAAAGUUGUAUGGGUAUGUCCAUUAUCUGAUAAGAAAUUUCGUGAACCAAUUUUUGUUCGUAAACAUAUAUUCAAUAAACAUAUGGAUAAAGUUGAAGCAGCUAAAAAAGAUAAUGCAAUAUUCUAUAAUAAUUAUUUAAAAGAUCCUAGACGUCCAUCAUUACCCGAGGCACCUUAUCAUUUAUUAAAUCAAUAUUAUCCAUCUUUAAAUUCAAAUUCAAAUAAUAAUAAUAAUCAUACAUAUAGAGGUCGAGGCUCUGGACGUGGUAAUAUAGGUGGAAAUUAUCGUGGAUAUAGAAAUAAUUCACUUCUUUCAACAGCACCAAGUUAUGUACGAGGUGCUGGAAGUUUUCAGGACUAUUAUGAUGUGGCAGCUCAACAACAACAACACCAAGCUAUGGCAGCUGUAGCAGCAGCUGCUGCCGCAGCUUUAUAUCCAAACGCUGCGACAGCAGCUGAUUUGUAUGCAUUGGCUGCACAGGCAGGUGCACCUCGCACAGGUCUUGGAAUAUCUAGGUCGCGUGGUCAACGUGGUUCUUCACCAUCUCAUGAUUUCAAUCAUCGACCAUAUAGUAGUAGUACAUUGGAUAAUCGACGGAGACAGCCUACAAAUUAUUCGACAAAUAGACGUCCAGUCGGUGGUGGUGGCACUACAACCGGUGAACGAACAAUGAUAUCAUAUAAUGAUUUGGAUGAUCCUGGAAAUGAUGUUCUUUAAAAAUGAAUUUGACUAACUAAAAUCUAAUCAUUUUCAUCGACUGUUACUACAACAACAACUGCUUUAUUUUCUAUGUUCUUGUUUUUUUUCCGUUUGUUUCUAAAGUUUACCACGUUGACACAUUUUAAUUGGAAUAUCAUGUAUAUCUGAACAUUGUGCAUUUUCAUAUUCUUUUUUUCCCUUAUAUUAAUUACAAUAAGAAAAGUUCUAUU